CUGGGUUAACAGAUAUUUGCACCGCAAUUUCCAAACAUACAAACUAAAUCAAUGGUAAAAUUUGACGGUGUAUCAGCAGACCAAUCCACAUGCCUCCUCUCAAUAACUCACUCCCCUGUAAAGUAUCCAUUUUCCAACACAAUCUAGUUUCUUUUCUUUCAGAGUCUUCAUCCUGACGCAGUUCCAGAAAAAUAAAUUAAACUUAAAAGUGAGAUGUCACCUAACUAGCUAACAUCAUACAUUUGAAAUCGCGACUUCAUUCCCCAUCAUCCUCUUCCUCAAACCUCUUCAAUUCAAUGGCCUCAGAUCAGAGACUCUAGGGUUUUGAUCUGAGGAUUCGUAACAGAAACAUGGAUGUAGAGAGAUCAUCACUCUGCAAUUGCGUUGUCAACUUUCUCUUAGAAGAGAACUACGUUCUUACAGCAUUUGAACUUCUUCACGAGCUUCUCGACGAUGGCCACGACGAUCAAGCUAUUCGUCUUAAACAUUACUUUUCCGAUCCCUCUCUCUUUCCGCAUGAUCAAAUCUCUCGCCUCAACUCUCUCCGAGUCGCAGAUCCUCAAAGUUUGCUGGAAGAGAAAGAAGCAGCAGUAGAAAAGUUAGCUAUUAGUGAUUAUGAACUGCGUUUGGCUCUAGAAGACAUCUCAAAACUCAAGAGUGAAUUGCAGAAGAAGACAGAAAACCUUCAUGAACUAAGUGCUACACAGUUUAGUGGAGAUGUUUCAGUGAAGGACGGGCAACAAAUUCAUCAGCAAAAUAAUACUUCCUUCACCGAUUUGGGUCCGUUAAAGGAUACUGAGCGUCAAGAUCUUAAUUGUGCCGUAAAGGAAUAUUUGCUUAUAGCUGGUUACCGUCUUACUGCAAUGACAUUUUAUGAAGAGGUUACAGACCAGAACAUGGACAUUUGGCAGAACACACCUGCAUCUGUACCUGAUGCCUUGCGGCAUUAUUAUUAUCAGUAUCUUUCAUCAACUUCAGAGGCUGCUGAGGAAAAAUUUUCUCUGCUUCAAGUGAAUAAAACAUUGCUGAAUUCAAAUCAGAAGCUGAAUCUAGAAAAGGAAACCUUGUUGAAGAACAAAGAUUUGACUGAUGCUCAAAUUGGAACAUUGACUAAAUCCUUGGAGGCAAUGCAGAAAGAUAUUAGAGACAAAGAGAACCAGGUGCUAGUUUUAAAACAGUCCUUGGAGCACCAAACAAAAGAGCUCAAUGAUUGCAGAGCUGAGAUCACCUCACUGAAAAUGCAUCUUGAAGGGUCUCUCUCAGGAAAUAAUCUGGUUGUCAAGGAAGUUAAUAAUGUUCAGUCUCAAUCUUUAGAGAAGUAUGAGGAAGAAAUUAAGAAAUUGCAGGUGGAAAUUGACUCGCUGAAGGAAAAGAAUGUAAGAGCUCCCGAACCUGGAAAUUAUGUUGGUUCUGAAAUGGAAAAUUUACAGACAGAUGAUAAAGUGAUUGAGAUUCAUGAAGACCAAGGUUCAAUCUCAAAUACCAUUGCCGCGGUGGUUGGUGCUGUACGCAAUGAAGAUGCUCAAUCAUCAGCUGUUCAAUCUCUGAAUGAGAAAGCAAAUAACGAAGAAGAUACCUUGCCUACAUUAUUUAAUGCUGUAAAUACAAAUAGUGCUUCUGAAAAUAUAAAAAAUGACUCGGAACAAAUUGUUGGUCAACACGAGGACAGUAGGUUACUUCAAAUAUCAGUAUCAGACAGUGGAUUAGGAACAGUUCAGAUACUUGCAGAUGCUUUGCCUAAAAUCGUUCCUUAUGUCUUGAUUAAUCAUCGCGAGGAGCUCCUUCCUCUAAUAAUGUGUGCUAUCGAGCGCCACCCAGACAGCAGCACUCGAGAUUCUUUGACCCACACAUUGUUUAAUUUAAUCAAGCGUCCAGAUGAGCAGCAGAGACGAAUAAUAAUGGAUGCAUGUGUCAACCUUGCAAAGAAUGUUGGAGAGAUGAGAACAGAAACAGAAUUGCUUCCACAGUGCUGGGAACAAAUAAGUCACAUGUACGAGGAGCGUAGAUUGCUCGUUGCUCAGUCAUGCGGAGAGCUUGCAGAAUAUGUACGGCCGGAGAUUCGAGAUUCUCUUAUUUUAUCUAUUGUGCAGCAACUAAUAGAAGACUCUGCCAGUGUUGUUCGAGAGGGUGCAGCUCGAAAUCUAGCUAUGCUGCUUCCACUUUUCCCAAACAUGGAUAAAUAUUUCAAGGUGGAGGAGCUGAUGUUCCAAUUAGUCUGUGACCCGGCUGGAGUGGUGGUGGAAACUGCUCUCAAGGAAUUGGUUCCCGCAGUUACAAAGUGGGGAAAAAAUUUAGAUCACGUUUUGAGAGUUUUACUUUCUCAUAUUUUAAACUCAGCUCUGCGUUGUCCGCCUCUUUCUGGGGUUGAAGGGUCUAUAGAGUCACAUCUCCGUGUAUUGGGUGAAAGAGAGCGCUGGAAUGUAGAUGUUUUGUUGAAAAUGCUGAUGGAAUUGCUUCCUUUGGUGCACCAAAAAGCAUUUGGCACUUGUCCCUUCUUGUCCACCACAGAAACUGCACCAACUGUGUUAUCUAUCCCAUUGCUUGAAUUGUAUGCCAGGGAACAAGUUGAAUGGGUUACCUUUGAGUGGAUGCAUGUUGAGUGUUUUCCAAAUUUGAUACAGCUGGCCUGCCUGUUGCCACAGAAAGAAGAUAAUUUACGGAGCCGGAUUUCAAAGUUUUUGUCAUCUGUUUCUGAAUAUUUUGGGGAGUCCUACGUGACAUGCAUAAUGCUACCAGUAUUUUUAAUUGCAGUAGGGGAUGAUGCAGAUUUGACUUUUUUUCCUACUGCCAUCCAUUCAAGAAUUAAAGGUAAACAUUUUUUCCCUGUUAAUUUUGUACAUAAUCGCUUCAUAUUUGACCGUUCACUUGUAGGUUUGAGGCCAAGAUCUGCCGUUGCAAAUAGGCUUUCUACAAUGUGUGUCUUACCGCUUCUGUUAGCUGGUGUUUUGAGUGCUCCUGGAAAACAUGGACAGUUAGAAGGAUAUUUAAAGAAGCUGCUUCUAGAAGAUAGUUCCAUGCAAAAUCGUUCAACCAAGCACACUCCUGAGAUUAUUAAUGCUAUCCGCUUCAUUUGCACACGUGAAGAAAACCAUGGCAUGGUAUUUAAUAUAUUAUGGGAAAUGGUGGUCAGCUCUAACAUGAGCAUGAAAAUAAAUGCUGCACAGCUGCUGAAAGUUAUUGUGCCAUAUAUUGAUGCAAAGGCUGCUUCAACUCAUGUUUUGCCUGCUCUAGUUACUCUUGGAUCUGAUCAAAAUCUGAAUGUGAAGUAUGCCAGCAUAGAUGCAUUUGGUGCAGUGGCUCAGCACUUCAAAAAUGAUAUGAUUGUUGACAAGAUACGUGUUCAAAUGGAUGCUUUUCUUGAAGAUGGUUCUCAUGAAGCUACUAUUGCUGUUAUUCGUGCGUUGGUGAUUGCUGUACCACAUACAAUAGACAGACUUAGAGAUUAUCUUUUGUCCAAGAUUUUCCAACUUACAGCAAUGCCAAAUGCAGCAAAAGACUUAACACGUCGACGAGAGAGAGCUGAUGCAUUUUGUGAGGCAAUCCGUGCUCUGGAUGCUACAGAUCUUCCUGCAAAUAGUGUUAGGGACUUCUUUCUGCCUGCAAUACAGAACCUCUUGAAAGACUUGGAUGCACUGGAUCCAGCUCACAAAGAAGCACUUGAAAUUAUUAUGAAGGAAAGAUCAGGGGGAACUUUUGAGACUAUUAGCAAGGUAAUGGGUGCUGCUCAUCUUGCGCUUCCAACAUCAGUUAGCAACAUUUUUGGUGAGGGUGGGUUGCUUGGAAAGAAAGAAACCACUGAGUCACCAACAGAGGCAGUUCUGUCCCCCAAGAGUGUCACUCCACCAGCAGAGGACACUAGAUUCAGACGUAUCAUGAUGGGAAAUUUCAGCGAGAUGCUUCGUGGCAAAGCAAAAGCCCAAGAGGAUGGUCAGAACCAAUAAGAUGCCUUUGGCCUUAGCAAUAUUGUGCUUAAGCUGUUUCAUCAAGAGAAUGUCACUGUUUCCCAUAUGUACAACAACCAAGACUUGUGAAUUUCUUUUACAGUGUUGUUUAUGAGAUAGAAAAAGAGUGAAAAUAUAAAUAAAUAGUUUAUUACAGUUUUUGAUGCCAAAAUUUGUGGUUGUGAUCUAAUAGGCCUUGUGUCGGGGACAGGAAAGAGAUUUUGGUCGAGAGCACAUUGUAAAUGUGAAUUGUUCAUUAAAUUUUCAUCUGCA